AUGUCUCAAUUCCCGGACUACUACAAGAUUCUGAACCUUAACAAAUCUGCUUCGCAGGAAGAAGUUCGUCAGGCUUACAGAAAGGAAUCUCUGAAGACUCAUCCAGAUAGGCUUGUCAAUGCAACACAGGCUGAGAUAAAGAAAGCGACAGAGCGCUUCCAAGCGGUAGCAGAUGCCUACUACGUCCUCUCCGAUCCUAAGCGUCGCAGUGAAUACGAUAGCAUAUACAGGACUCGUGCUGAUAGGACAGCUGACCCGGGAUCCUCCUCGAGCUUCUUCUCCGGGAUGUUUGGAAACGGAAAUGCUCAUCAGUCCAGAAAUACGCAACCCAAUGCCGAAGGUGUAUUUGCCGAUGCCUUCGAAGAGCUACUGAGACCAGAGGUUGAGAGUCGUGUGCCCUGGUGGAGUUGGUUCGGUGCUAUCUCAGGGGCAGGCCUUGGUUUCAUCAUUGCCAAUGUUCCUGGCCUUAUGGUCGGCGCAUUUGCAGGCAACCGAAUAGGUGCUGUGAGAGAUGCAAAGGGCAAGUCUGUCGCCGCUGUUUUCAAUGACCUCGGGGGACAACAGAAAGCCGAGAUACUGCGGGCCCUUGCUUUGAAGGUUUUGGGUUCUGCGCUCUAG